ACCAGGACCAGCCUAGGCCCUAGACUAAAACUCCCAGGUCUAAUCCCAGGAGGCGCACCCGCAUCCACGUGUCGCUUCCUUCCCUAAAAGGCCGCGCAGGAACCAUAGCCUCGUGUCGCCUCCCGAAAGCGGCCUGCCUCGCCAGCUGGCAAACAAACCGCCAACUACAGGGGCCUGGCGGUGGCUCACCAGCCUGCUGUUCAGCAGCCACGUGGCUUUUCAAGAGACCACGCCGGCUGCAUGCGUGCCGUUGCUCGAUUUGGAGCGUAGCGUGAUAAGCACCGAUUCCGGUGUUUUGUCUGCCUGGAUUUAGAUAUUCCCGUCCGUUUCUCGUUCUAACUGCUCCGUUAUAACCACCGUACAGGCCGUCCGUCUAUUUGACUGUUUGUGACGAGCCAUUUAACGAGCCAUAUUUUACGGACCACCCCCUUAGCUUCCCCUGUCGGUCCAUCCGCCAUGGCUACCUGCCUCACUAGUACGCAACUUAAUCCGCAACAAAAUGCGUCGGCCGUCUCCCGCCACUCGCGCCUCGGCUCGUUCCACCUCCGAAACUCCUCCAUCGUGGUAACACUCCCCCCCUUCUAUUGUCACAUCCACCGUCCGAUCACCUCCGGUCUCCGUCCGCCGCCGCUCUCGCACCAACCCCGCCGCCGGCCAAUCGCCGUGUGCCAGGUGUCGCUCGUCGACGACGGGCCGUUCGUCGCAGCGAUCGCCACGUCUAUCGCGCUCUCCGCCGCGCCGCUCGUCCUGCCGUCGCUCCCGCUCCUCUCGGGAAGGGCGGGAAAGGAGGAUGAUGACGAUGCAGCAGCGGCGGCGGCGGCGGCGUUAUUGGCGGCGGGAGUGGGGGUGGGGGACGGGAAGGGGGGGGCGGAGGGGGAGGAAGCGGAGGGGGGAAUGUCUCUGGGGGAGCUGCGCGCGGGGGUGAUGACGGUGGUCAGCCUGAUUCCGUUCUUCAACUGGCUGUGCUGGGUACUGGCAUGGAUCGACUCGCGUGAUGUCAAGUACAUUCUCUUUGCAGCCGUCUACGCUGCACCUUACGCCAGGGGUGGUCUGACUCUGGCUAUGGACGGCCAUUGGUUGCCACUUUUCAGCAUUGCAGCGUGUGCUCUGCAUGUUCAGGUUGACAAUGUGGCAGUGGAGCGAAAGAAACUGGCAUCCAAGAUCAAGUGUGCCAAGAAAAAGGACAGCCUCCCUGGAAGCUCUAAAGACAAGGGCAGUUUCAAGCAGGGCAAGUGAGGAAUGUGAAAGCUGGUUUGUGACAGACAAUUUGUGCUGUUGUAACUGCUUGGGCCGCCGCUGCAGCUACUACCCUCAAUUCAUAAUUGGACAGGGGGACAGCUGGCAGCGGCAUGCAGAACAGCACAAGCGUUGAGCUGUCCCUUGGGGUCGUUUUGUGUUGUAAAAACGUGUUGCGUUGUAGAACAUUGGUAUUGUACCCGUCAGCUUUGCAGUGUGUAAAUAUGUUUAUGAUUGCUUACGUU